AAGCGGCCGCUUUCCUUUGGGAAAGGAGAUUGAGUCGGCGCGCGUGGUUUUCUGGAUCUCCAGGACCCUGCAUCCCAAAGCCGUUGAGGAGGAAGGAACCUGGUAAAUGCAAAGCGGAAAGUAUUAAAAUCAGUUGCUCCGGAUCCUGGAGACGAGGAACUUUCAGGGAGUGAGUGAGAAUUCCCAGCCAUCCCGCCGGAGCCAUGGAGCUUCCCAAUUAUAGCAGGCAGCUGCUGCAACAACUGUACACGCUCUGUAAAGAGCAGCACUUCUGUGACUGCACCAUCUUGAUUGGGACAAUUCACUUCAGGGCCCACAAGCCUGUGCUGGCUGCUGCCAGCCUGCUGUUCAAAUCCCUGCUGGACGCCACGGACACCAUCUCCAUCGAUGCCUCCAUGGUGGCCCCUGAGGAGUUCGCCCUCCUGCUCGAAAUGAUGUACACGGGCAAGCUGCCCGUCGGCAAGCACAACUUCUCCAAGGUCAUCUCCGUGGCCGACAGCCUGCAGAUGUUCGACGUGGCCGUCAGCUGCAAGACCCUGCUCGCCGGCCUGGUGAGCUGCUCCGCCCAGGGUCGGGCCGGGAGGUACGCGUCCCCUCCAGCGGGCGAGCCCCCCGGAGGGGAAGCCGGGACCCCCGAGGAGGAAAGCGGAGCUCACGAGGAUCCAACGGAGUCGCGUCUUUCAGAAGAGGCUGCCGCCCCUCCCGAGCCUGGGCCGCGUGAAGCCGAGGGGACCCGAGGGGCCGCGGUUGGAGAGGUGGCCGCGGACCCCUCGCCGGCCCGGGAGGAGGUCCCGGAGGAAUCCCAGAGAGUCGCCGACUCUCCGGGAGGGAUUCCCGGUGCCUUGGAAGCGCACUCCUCUUCCCCGCAAGCCCCGGACGAGCCAGCGGACGCGCGCACGUCUUUAGAAAAGGAGGAGAGAGCUUCCUGGCCAGAGAACGAGAGCCAAGAGGGGAAAGUGGAUUUCCUUCUUCAGCAUGAAAGGCUCUUCUCAGAGGUCCUGGCUAUCUCGCAGGAUGUGCUGAAAAGACUAAAUGAAUGUAGGACAAUCGAAAAUCCACAGAAGGAGACCUUAUUAGAGUGCUUUGGAGCUGAAGAUGGACAUUCGGUAUUCAAGAAAAUCCUCAAUAAAGUGACAGAUGAGGAAAGCCUGAACGUUCAGACUGUUUUGUCUUUGCUGGAGCUAUUCCAAGAUACUCAUCCGGAAAUAAGAGCAGCACUAAGGGAAAGAGAACCGGAAAACAGAGAAACCGGGAACCCAAGAGGGAGCCUAGGGGAAGGAAAGACCUUGUCAGUUCUGUUACUGGAACACAAAGAGGACUUGAUACAGAGUGUAGCGCAAUUGAGACCCAUCGUGGAGUUCCUGGAAACAGCGGAGGAGGAAGUCAUGAACAGCAUAGAGAAAAGGGAACUUCUGAAUUGCUGCGAGGGCAGAACAGCUAAGGAAGCUAUGGAGAAUCUGCUGCACAGAGUGACCCAAGAGAAGACAGUGUCUGCUGAGAGUCUGGUGAAACUCCUUCAGGCUGUGAAGAUGUCGUUUCCUCCCCUGGGCUGCCUUCUGGACAGUUUGCAGAGGCAAGCUAGCCUGCCGAGCAACACGGUUGAGCCGAGCCUUGGCGAUUAUGGGACCGACCUACUGAGGCGAUACCAUGAAAACCUCUCCGAAAUCUUCACAGACAACGAGGUGUUGCUAAAGGCCAUCUCAGCUGCACCAAGUUUAGCUCCUGGAGAGAGGGAGGCUAUGGACCAGCUGGUGAGACGUGACGCUGGCUCAAGUGGCUUCAGUUCCCUGGUCUCGGAGGUGCUAGAAGAUCACACCCUGUCAGGGGCUGCCGUUUGGCAGCUCUUGCAGGCAAUUGAAGAAGCAGAGUUUCCCCUGAACCUGCUCAUGGAGGAAAUCCGGAAGGAACCCGGGGCGGACUUCUUCUUCCAAGCAGUGGCCACCCGGGAAAGCGUGGCCCUCGCGAUCAUCCUGCGGCACCAAAGUCUGAUCAAAGAGGCUAUUGAGCAGAGGGCCGUCCUUGAGGGCCUGGUUGCAGAAGAGGAGCACCUGGCCGGCACUAUCCGAGAACUUCUGAGUAUUCCCAGUGAGGGAGCCAGUGGUGAAGUCUCUCUAAAAGCAGCUUUGAGCAGAGCCUUGGAAAAAUCCGUUCCGGCCAUCAAGAUCUGCCAAUUUUUAUACAGCGUUUCCGAGUCCUUCCCAGGUCUGCAGCCCGUCAUGCAAGAGCUAGAGCACAUGGGCCUCCUUCCUGAAGUAACUGAGAAGAAGACGGCUGGUCUCCCAGGGUGGAAGGUGCCCGCCGAAUCUCCGAAUGAAACCCCAGCCAGAGAGGAGGAGCUUGCAUCGGAAUCGACGAGAGACCACCCGGAUAGAGAAGGAAGCAACGGAGAGAAGACCGGCUCCCCGGGGGCCGUGCCGGAGAAAAUCCCCGGCUCGUCCCCAUCCUCCUCCAAGAGGAGCUUCGUCUGCCAAGCCUGUAAUAAGAGCUUCCAUUUUUACUGCCGCCUGAAGGUGCAUGCCAAGCGGUGCCGAGUGGCCAAGGGGAAGCAGGUUCAAUGCAAGGAAUGCAGUGAGACCAAGGCCUCCAAGAAGGAGUUAGAAAUGCAUCAGCAGGAGGCCCACGGUGGCACCGGAACAGCAGCGGCGCCCAGAAGGAAGAAGAGGAGGCUCCCGGUGACAUGUGACAUCUGCAGGAGAGAAUUCGCUCACGCUUCAGGAAUGCAGUACCACAAACUGACAGAGCAUUUUGAUGAGAAGCCUUUCUCCUGCGGAGAAUGUGGAGCCAAGUUCGCGGCCAAUUCCACCCUGAAGAACCACCUCCGCCUUCACACCGGGGACCGCCCUUACAUGUGCAAGCAUUGCCUCAUGACGUUCACGCAGGCCUCCGCGCUAGCCUAUCACACCAAGAAGAAGCAUUCCGAAGGGAAGAUGUACGCCUGCCAGUACUGCGAUGCUGUGUUCGCCCAGUCGAUAGAGCUGUCUCGUCACGUGAGGACUCACACCGGAGACAAGCCGUACGUCUGCCGGGACUGUGGGAAAGGAUUCAGGCAGGCCAACGGCCUCUCCAUACACCUGCGCACCUUUCACAACAUAGACGAUCCCUACGACUGCAAGAAAUGCCGGAUGAGUUUUCCCACCCUCCAGGAGCACCGAAAACACAUCCACGAGGUCCACUCCCGGGAGUAUCACCCCUGCCCCAGCUGUGGAAAGAUCUUCAGUGCUCCGUCGCUCCUUGAGCGCCACAUGGUCACCCACGUGGGAGGGAAGCCUUUCAGUUGCGAGAUCUGUGACAAAGCCUAUCAGCAAUUGUCUGGUUUGUGGUAUCAUAAUCGGACCCAUCACCCUGAUGUGUUUGCGGCUCAGAAUCAUCGAUCCUCCAAAUUCUCCUCGCUGCAGUGCAGUUCCUGUGACAAAACCUUUUCCAGCACCUCAGCCCACAGGAAACAUGUCAAAACGGAGCACGCAGAUGUGCAGUUCCACGAAUGUGACAAGUGUAAGGAGCUCUUCCCCACACUGGCUUUGCUGCAGGUCCACGUCAAGUGUCGCCAUUCAGGAUCUCAGUCGUUCCAGUGCCUGUAUUGUGCCGCCUCUUUCCGCUUCCCUGGCGCUCUGCAGCACCACGUGACGUCAGAGCACUUCAAGCAGACAGAGAACACCUUCAGCUGCGAGCUCUGCGGGGAACUUUUCACGUCCCAGGCCCAACUGGAGAGUCACUUCGGGCGCGAGCACCCCAAGAGGGCCAUCACAGAAGCCCAAGCCGCAGCUCCCGAGAUGGUGCAGGUGAUCCAAACCCCGGAUGUUGAAGCGUCAGCCGAGCAGCGGGUGAUCACCUUGGACGAGAGCCAGCUAGCCGGCUCCCAAGUGUUUGUGACCUUGCCAGACGCCCAGGGGAGCCAGACGACCACCGAGCUGGUGGCGUUGACGAUGGCGGACUUGUUGGACGGCACGGUGACCCUGAUCUGCGGGGAGGCCAAGUGAUGCGGGGUGCCCGGGACGUUCCGAGAAACAGUCCCUCUGGGGUAUUAUUCGCUGCACCUCCACAUCCCCCCCAACCCCCCAACACUGGCGGCAGGUCAGCGGGAUUAACUUCUUUCUCUUAGCCACCCCCAAGACAGACAACACUUCAGAGGCGAACAAAGCACCGAACGCCCUUCUGGAGCUGAAAAGGCGCUGUCAGCAGGCCGGACUGACCCCGCUGCCCUUUCUGGUCUGGCUGCUUCUUCCCCACAGGCCUGCUGCUCUGGCAUCUGUGACUCUCUUCCAGCCCAGAAUGAAACAGAAGCAUUAGCCCUGCCUAAUGAGGAGUGGGGAAGGAAACUGGUGACCAAGGCAACCGAAGAGAUUCGAUUUUUGAAGACCUGAAUUUGAAGGGGAAGGAUGCGUGGGGGAGGUGAAGAGGGUGUGGGGGGUGCCACGGAGGCGGAAUGAAAAAAAAGGAGAACUGGAGCCAGGAAAGAGCAAGAGAUACAUGAAAGGCUAGGGUUGAAAACUCUAGAGGCUAAGGGAGAACAACACUUAAAAAAAGAUGAUCUAAGUUAGAGCAUAGUGGGAAAUGGGUGGCCCAACUCAAAGAGGAGGAGAUAUCCUGGCAGAAAAAGAAAAUUUUGGUUGUUUUUUUGCCGAGACAUAAGGCUUUUAUGGGGGUGUUUAAAUCCCGCUGGUUCUUUUUCAUUUUAUUUUCCCUGGAGACGCUUUCUCAAGCCCCUUCUCGGCGAGGCUUAGCAUCUUAGAGCCAUUACAUAUAAGGACUAGGGAAAUAAAUAUGGGGGCCUGGCACUGUUGUCUUUGACAUUUCUUAGUGGCAUUUUUUUUAAUUUUUAUUAUUAGUAAUAGUAGUAUUAUUGUUAUCGUUGCUACUGCUAUAUUGGGAGACUCCACCCAGCCAUUUUCCUGGAGGGCAGACAGCCCAUCGCUUUGGGAAGUAGCAUUGUCAGAGAUGCCCGGAGAGGCUCCCACCCCAGACAGCGUGCUACUUUCACCGCAGGGCAAUGACCCUUCUGAGACUACAUUUCACCAAGCUUUAUAGUUUCCUAAAAUAUAAUCCCAUAAUUAAUGGUGUGCUGAAUCCAUGAUGAAGUGCAAUUAGAUGGAUGUGGGCUCCUGCAGUUUAGAGAGAACGACUAGCAUUUAUCUUCCUUUCCUAGAUGCCAAAAGGUUGAACCGUGCCAAUACGGUAUUUACCUACUGACCAUCAAUCUGCACCGGGCCGGUGGGCACCAUCCCCCUUGGAGAACAAUGCCCACAUGACCCCUUGACCAUGGGACCGUCCCUCCCUCCCGGCGACAACUUGCACCUGCUGCCUAUCGAGCUGGGUGACAGACUGCUGUAGUUCAAAGCAAAAGCCCAUAUAUUGCUGCCUGUCUGCUACUUCACAGGCAGAACCGCAAAGGUAGGAAUUUAACCCCUACCCGUUCACCUCCCAUUUUGUGUGGCGGUCUGAUGGAAGAGCAGCUCCUGUCCCCAGUUAAUGAUAAUUCGUGACUAGAGUCAUGAGAAAAGGUACACGGCCUUCCCUCCCUCCCCCAGCCCGCCCCGGUCAAGCCAAUCCUUUGAGUUUAUCAAGCCUGAAGCAAAGUUUUCAAAAGAAACAUCCCUGGAAGCUAAAUAUGGCCAGAAGAUGGUGUUCGAGCCUUUAAGAAUUAGUCUGGUAGGGCUGAUCUCCGCUGGUGCUUCCCCUUGAGGCCUGCACAAUCUUCUUUAAGCUUUCUCCGUCCCUUGGGUUAGGAGGCCUGGAAAACUGUUGCUCCCCAGUUAGGGAACGGGAACCGAACAGCCCCAUCAACGAGCCGAGCCUCCCCGGAGACCAGACAGUGUCCUGCCGCUAAAGGGUGCUUACGUCCGCCUACUUACCGUGGGGAAAGAGAAGAAGAUUGUGAGCUGCCUAACCUGAGCUUCCUAAACUUUCCUCCCAUCUGUAAAAGAGAAGAGAGAAUUUAACAAUCGAGGAGAGUGGAUUGAGUUGGGGAAUCUUAAAGCUUUCCAGAGGAAGGGCCGCCAGCCUUACACUAAAAUACAGAAUGGAGUCCCUCCAGAGGUUUCCGGCCCAGAGACUUAAUCUCUAUCGGGGAGCUUUCCUCUCCUGUAAGAUGGGCAGGCACAGGAGGCAGCCCGGUCUGAAGGAAAGAAAGUCACUUAACCGCUCUGUGCCUCAGUUUCCUCAUUCAUAAAGUGGGGAAAAUAAUAUUGCUCUGCUUCACAUAAAGUUGUGAGGAUAAAAUGCAAUCACUGAUGUGAAUGUGCUAAGGUUAAAAAUAAAAG